UCGAUUUACUGACUUCAGUGGCCUUAACAGGAACGAACCACGAAGGUGAUCAACCGCCUCAUUUGACUCUGAUGGACGACACGAUCCAAAUCAAGCAAAAUCUAACUGUAUUUGAUGGUCCAGAAGGUCGCUUCUGUCCUGCUGGUGUUUACGAAUACGUGCCAACGGAAGAUGGACAGGGUAAAAAGUUUCAAAUUAGCGCCCAAAACUGCAUUCACUGUAAAACAUGUGACAUCAAAGAUCCCAGUCAAAACAUCAAUUGGGUCGCACCCGAAGGAGGUGGCGGACCUGCAUACAACGGAAUGUAAAGAGGGCACUCGGCUUCGUUUGACGGAUAUGAAUUUUAAAUAGGCCUGAAUAACUCAGGAAAAAUCAAUGCAAUUUUUUUUUCAAUAGACCUAUCAACUUAUUUUAUCGAAAAUUUCUACAUGCAAGUCUGAGUGACUGAAUCAGGAUCUUUAGCAUUGUUUAAAAGAAUGUUAACCUGAUUAGAGAAAUGCUAUGCUGUGGUGUCCACGACUUCUGUUUGAAGAAGCAUGCAUUUUGCAUUUAUAGGCAUAUUGAAAUACAUUCUACGGAAAUUAA